UCCGGGAGCGCAUCCCAAGCCGCGGCGGAGCCCGUGGAGUGUGGAGUUUGGAGUUCGGAGGCGUAUCCGAGCCUUGUCAUUUCAGCAUUCUGCUUUUCCUUUGAGGAGGAAGAUCAACCAGGUCGCAGCCUUUGCCCACUCCAGAGCUACGCCAUGGCAGAGACUAGGGAAGAGGAGGCCAUGUCUGCAGAGGCCUCAGGGUUCUCAGACUUGAGUGACUCAGAGUUUUUGGAUCUGGACGAUACACAAGAGUCAAGUACUUCACCUAGCAAGCCUGGCCCUUCUUCUGAACUCCCUGGGAAGGAUGGCAAGCUCAUAAGCUUACCAAAGUGGAAAAGAGGAUUGGAUGUCUCAUCACCUAUGGAGCGCUUCCAUCUUAAAUAUUUGUAUGUCACUGACCUGUGUACUCAGAACUGGUGUGAACAGCAGAUGGUGUAUGGGAAAGAGCUUCCUGAUUUCUUGACACCUGAGAAGUCAGCUGUUUUAGGCACUGGUGCCAGCAUCCACCUAGCUAGAGAACUAGAAGUUCAUGAUCUUGUGACUGUCCCCGUCACCACUAAAGAAGAUGCUUGGGCAAUUAAGUUUCUGAACAUAUUAUCAAUGAUUCCUACCCUGCAGUCAGAAGGGCGCAUCAGAGAGUUUCCAGUGUUUGGAGAAGUGGAGGAUGUGCUUCUUGUUGGGGUGAUUGAUGAGCUGCACUAUACAGCCAGGGGGGAACUGGAACUGGCUGAACUCAAGACACGUAGGCACCCUGUGCUCCCCCUGGACGUUCAGAAAAAGAAAGACCGUUUUCAGGUCAGCCUGUACAAGUAUAUCUUUGAUGCCAUGGUACAAGGGAAAGUGACCGCUGCCAGCCUAAUCCACCACACAAAAUUGCAUGCAGAAAAGCCACUGGGACCUUCAGUGCUGAGGCAUGCCCAGCAGGGAGGCUUCUCUGUGAAGUCCUUGGGUGACCUCAUGGAGCUGGUCUUCUUGUCUCUAACACUGUGUGACCUCCCAGUUAUUGAUAUCCUGAAGAUUGAGUAUAUCCACCAAGAGACUGCCACUGUACUGGGUACAGAGAUCGUGGCCUUUGAAGAGACGGAGGUGAGAAGCAAAGUGCAACACUACAUGGCCUACUGGAUGGGCCACCGGGAACCUCAAGGAGUUGAUGUGGAGGAGGCAUGGAAAUGCCGGACGUGCAACUACGCAGAUAUCUGUGAGUGGAGGAAGAGCUGCAGUUUGCCCAACUCCACACUAGAGUCGCAAGCCAAAAAAGCCAAGUGAAUGGAAGAUACACCUUCAGGAACUUUGAUCUUUCCUGCUCCUAAUGUACUCAGACCAGUCUCUGAGCUUGACUUUCAUUUCCUCAGCCUCUUACCACACAAAUCCAAGACCAGGGCUUAGGGGUGAGUGGGGGAGAGAUCUGGGAUUAUACUGUCCCUGGAGCUUCGCCAUAGAUUGCCAAGGAGACAGAUGCUCAUGAUGGCUGGAGCAAGGUAUCCUUCAGCAGUCAUUGCUUUCCUAAGGAGAUUCUUCAGUUUCUUUUAAGUCUCUUCCCUAUUUUUUCUCAGUCAGGGUUUCUACAUUUUAUAUAAUGAAAUAAAAUGAAACGUU